AUGGCGAGACCAUUGGCGAAAAUCUGUGACAUCAACGAUAACAAAGAGCUUUGGAAGGUUUCUAUUCGAGUGCACCACAAAUGGAAGGUUGUGUCUAAUGGGAGGGAGCAUUUUGAGAUGAUUUUUGUCGACGUAUCAGGUGGUGACAUACAUAUUGUUGUCCCUGCACCACAUAUAUCUCUAUUUGAUGAAAAAAUGGCAUUGUAUCAUAGUUACACGGUUUCCAAUUUUAAGGUUCAGCCUAAUGUCGCAGCUUUUAGACCUUCGUCACAUAAGUUUUUGUUGAAGUUCACCACAGGCACAACGGUUACAAAUGUUAACAAGAAUGAAAUACCGGCAAAGCCGCUGGUAUUUACUAAAUUUACUGAUAUAAUCACCGGUAACUUUAACAAGGAUGUGCUAAUAGACAUCAUUGGUAUGGUCGAAAGUAUUGGGUAUUCUCUGACCAUAUCAAGUGCCAGGAAGCAGCAGAUUAACAUGAUGUUACGGGACAACGGUGACAAUACUAUCAACUGUACGCUUUGGGAAUCCUAUGCUGAACAAUUCCUCAAGUUCAACCAGGAACGUGGGGAUGAUUCCGGCCCCAUGUUUGUCAUGCUCCAAUAUGCAAAAGUCAAGGAACAGGGAAAGUUUCCACUGUCCGUGACAAACACCUUUAAUGUCACUCUGCUUGGUCUGAAUAUUGAUUUGCCACCGAUGAAACAAGUUAUGGAAAGCAUGCCGAAGGAGUCCAUGAUUACUUUGUCUGGGCAGAUUACAUUUUGUGUGAUUGUUGAUGAAACUAAAAUGCUGGUUGUCUCUCCCUAUGGCUGGUAUAAGAUUGAGAUUCAAGUUACUCAUGCAGGGAAUAGUUGUAACUUUCUAUUUUGGGAUAGAGAGUGUGAGCUUCUUUUGGGAUUGUCUGCAUCUCAGCUGCGUCAUACAAUGAUCAAGGCUGGCAUUCAUGAUCCAUUGGAAUUCCCACUGGCAUUGGAUCAGAUGUUGGAUCGCAAAAUGGCUUUCAAAAUCAAGUGGCAACCACAGUGGAAGAAUGCCUCGGUAGUUAUGCUAUUGAAGAAUGACCCUUUUGUGAAAGAGCUCAGUGAUCAGCUUGACACAGCUGAGGAAAGUGUUGAUGAAGUAAAGGGCAUUGCACUUUCAGAACCUGACUUUGUUGUGGAUGCACUGUCUAACUCAGAGGAUGAUUACAGUUCCUCCAAUACUUCAGACUCUGAUGAUGACAUUGAACAACAACCCUUAUCAGAUUCAAAUAUACAAGAAUAUUCUGAUAUAGGAGACCAAAUAUGGGAAUGUACAUAUUGUCAUGCUCAUAUGUGGCUUCACGAACGUUCCAGAAAAACCAAAAAGGGACAUGUUCCAACAUUCCAUCGCUGCUGUCAAGGUGGGAAAAUUGUUUUGCCUUUACUUGAGGAACCACCACCACUGUUGCAGCAUCUGCUGUAUAAUAAAACAUCUUCCGACAGCAAAAAUUAUCGGAAUAACAUUAGAACAUACAACUCCAUGUUUUCUUUUACUUCUCCUGGAAUGAAAUUUGACACAAAAUACUCAAAGACAGGAGGACCACCGACUUUGAAACUACACGGUCAAACGUGUCAUCGAAUAGGUACUCUACUACCAGAAACUGGACAGCAUCCUUAA